AGAACAUCGGACGGGCGGGCGUGUGUAGGAUGGAUCGCUAACGACACCAGCAGUUUUUUUCAUUCCGCCUUCUAGCAGUGUUUGUUUAUUACCUUCCGGCACAUUUUCCGUAAAUCCUUCUCGACCGUGGUGCUUUAUAAUUUUUAUUUUGGCGUUUAUUUUCUAUAUUAAACUUUAACGCCGUUCCGAUUUCACGUCGAGAAGGCGGCCGCCACAAGUUUGAAAGCGGCUUUUCAAGAGUAGUACACCUACUCGUUAUAAUUCUCAAUAUCGCUGUAUCAACGCAUCAAGCAAUCAGGAUGGUGAAGAAGGUUUCAGAAGAGAGUGUAGAUAGCGGUGUAGGCCGCUGCAGUAGCCAGUCGGGCAGUGAGCGCGAAUCGGACGAGAGCCCCCGUGGCAACGAGCCGUCAGCUCCCGUCCCCAUACCCGACAGUGAAGAUUUGCAGCGACGCAAAGAAGAGGCGCGCAGGAAGCGCCGCAGAAAGAAGCGUUCAGGGAGCUCCGUUGUCACGUCAUGUUUCCAAGACCUCUACAAGCUUACAGGGGAGGUUUUAGGCGAGGGCGCGUAUGCUUCGGUACAAACGUGCGUGAACAUCUACACGGGCCAGGAGUUCGCUGUGAAGAUCAUCGACAAAGUGCCGGGGCACGCCCGCGCCAGGGUGUUCCGUGAGGUGGAGACUUUCCACUACUGCCAGGGACACCCAAACAUAAUCCAGCUCAUUGAAUUCUUUGAGGACACAGACAAGUUCUACCUUGUCUUCGAGAAGAUCAACGGCGGUCAGCUCCUGUCUCGCAUACAGGAGCACCACUAUUUCUCAGAGCCGCAAGCGGCAGAGAUCGUGCGUGAGAUAGCGAACGCUUUACAUUUCCUCCAUGGUAAAGGUGUCGCACACCGCGAUCUCAAGCCGGAGAACAUAUUAUGCGUUCACCGUGAUAGAUUAUGCCCAGUGAAGAUAUGCGACUUCGAUCUUGGAAGUGGAAUAAGUUUCACUUCAAGCCUCGCAAGCCCGCUGGCGACCCCGCAGCUUAUGACGCCAGUGGGCAGCGCGGAAUUCAUGGCACCAGAAGUGGUGUCCCUAUUUGCGGGCUCAGCUGCGAAUCACUACGACAAACGAUGUGACCUGUGGUCGCUCGGAGUGAUCGCGUACAUCUUGUUGUGUGGCUACCCGCCCUUCCGGGCCGACUGCGGCUCCGACUGCGGCUGGGAGCGGGGAGAGAACUGCCGCGCCUGUCAGGAGCUGCUCUUCAAUUCAAUCCAGGAAGGGCGGUACACGUUCCCCGAGGAGGAGUGGUCGGAUAUAUCCAGCGAAGCUAAGGAUCUCAUCCGUCAGCUGUUGGUGCGCGAGGCUUCCCACCGCCUCAGUGCCGAGCGAGUGCUGUCUCACCCGUGGCUGCGUCGGGCCGACCCCCUCGCGCAUCAUCCGCAGUUGCAAACCUCUUUAAAUAUUAAACGCAAUAUGUCCGCGCGCAACCUGUCGAGUUUCGCGGAGUCGGCGAUGGCAGUGAACCGGGUGAUCCAGCAGCACUUCUCGAUGAACUACUCGUACAUGGAGCGGCCGGCGCGCGCGCUGCGCGGCAGCAAGUCGCAGACGGCGCGCGAGGGCUGCGGCGCGCUGGGCCUGUCGCCGCCCGCAGAGUCCGAGCUGCUGCGUCGCCGCCUGCACCCGGCCGGGGACGCGCUGCCCGUGCACUAGCCCCCCCACUCCUCCUCCCCCAUCGCCAGCCUGCCCGCAGUGAUAGAUAGCCGAUAGCUGCAACGAUACCCCGCUCCGCCGCUCCGCUGGUUGCCGCGGAUUUAUUUGAGCCUUUUAAAGAUAUAUUUUUAUGAGUAAACAAACGACUGAGUAGAUUUAUCGAUAUGUAGAGUAUUCGUGAGUUUAUGUUGAGCGCGGCGCUUGCGCCGAGGGACCGGCGACGGUCGAUAAAAAUCGUAUUAUACCGAGAUAGUUCCGCCGAUCUACGUACUUUACGUCUGAGUCGAUUACGGGAUGAAAUAUUUUAUGUUUUGGAUUUAUAAAAUCCGCGUUUCGAAAUUGAGCUUAUGUAUUCGUGUAAUCGCCUUUAGUUUGUGGCCUAUCCUUUGCAAUAAAUAGAAAUUAUGUAAUUUUUUGAUGGCGUUUUUGGAUACUAGUCUGUUUAUGUGAUUGUUUUUUUUGCAUUUUUACCAACGAUGGAAAACCACAUCUCAUUAAUUAAGAUUGAAUCAACCUAAUAUUUAUAUAAGAGAGAUAAGGGCAAUAUGUGACAUUAUUCCGAGAGGUGCAAGUGGAUGGUUAGUAGCUCGUAUUACUUAGAUCGUGGCACUUGUGAGCUGAACUGAAUGCAAUGUCAUGUAUGACUCGAGCUGUGUUGGUACAUAUGUUAAGUGUUGCAUGGGGUUCCAUGGAGCUGCCAUAACUUUGUGAUCAGUUUGAAUACUUUUAUAUUGCUGAAAGAAUGAAGUGUUGAUAAUGUUAAGAGUAGACCUGCUAGACUGUAACCCUGCGUACAACGUUGAUUGGAGAAAGGUUCACUAAGCACACUUGUUUCAUCGUUAUUCUUUACAGAUACACAAAUUUUAUUAUAUAUUUUUCAAAUGUAAAUUUUGAUUAUAUUAAGUAUUAGAUACUACUAUUGUGAUCCGGUGGCUUUAUCCAAUCAAUUCUAAACUUUACUUACGCAAUACUUUGUUAAAAUUUUGUUUUCGACUAAAUCAUUGAUAUGAAUUAUCA